AAGAUGGCGAAACAUCAUCCAGAUCUGAUCAUGUGUAGGAAACAACCUGGCGUAGGUAAGCUUCUGUUUGUUUUCAACGUGAUCGUUUAUAAUCAAAAGACUGACAGUAUUAUGUUGAAUUUUUAUUUUCAGCUAUAGGUCGGCUGUGCGAAAAAUGUAAGUGUAUUUCAGUGUCUUCUGUGUGAUCUCCUGUUACUCAAGUGUUGAGAGGACUGUACUGUAAAUUAAACGUUGAAGGCACAAGUUCUGUCAGAGUGAAUGAACUUAUAGUUUAUCACUGAUGAUCUCUAUCCCGUGGUUUUAGGUACCUCAUUUGAAUCCUCAUGUCAACUUAUCAUUCGUAACCUAUCUUCAUGAAACGCUAAAUGUCAAGCGUCACAAUUAUUUAAACACGUGCUUCAAUGAUCAACUUUAUUAUAAGUUUAUAGAGGUCCUGGGUUCGGUUGUUCAAACUUUGGAUAGCGCUAUCCACCAGAAAAACCACUAUCCGAUGGAUAAGUAUUAGGGAACCAAUAGCUAAUAGCCUUACCCCUUGGAAAGAAAAUAAUUUAAUAUAGCUGGUAAACAGCGUUAUCCACCCUUUGAACAACUGGGGCCAAAUCUGUAAUGUUUAGAUUGAAUCAGUAAUGCAUAUUUCUAACUCUUGCACAGGUGAUGGCAAAUGCGUUAUCUGCGACUCAUAUGUACGCCCAUGCACUUUAGUGCGAAUAUGUGAUGAAUGCAAUUAUGGCUCUUAUCAAGGUCGUUGUGUGAUAUGCGGAGGGCCUGGUGUAUCUGAUGCUUAUUAUUGUAAAGAAUGCACAGUUCAGGAAAAAGAUGUAAGUGCUUUUUUUUCUCUUAUUUAAACAGCGUUUUUCAUUAGGGCUGUGCUCUAUCAGCACCUGGUGGUCCCUGGUCCCAGUUGUUCAGAAGUUGGAUAAUGCUAUCCACUGGAUAAAUCCCUAUCCACUGAACAAUGCAAUUGUUUUCUCUAACACUUGUCCGCUGGAUAGUGAUUUAUUGAUUGGAUAAAACUGUCCGACUUUUCUACAACCAGGGGCUGGUACAUAAUUUUUGUUCUUGGGUGACUAGAAAAUCUUAGUUUUUUCAUAGAAAUCAUAUGUUGGGCAUGAAAGUACAGCCUCAAUCAUACUUCUUCAUAUUAGUGAACUUACCCAACAGGACAGGAGAGGAAAGAAGAUGGCAACCUUGCGUGACAAGCAUGACAGUAACUUUGUUUAAAAUACGUUUUUGCUGAACUUCUCUUUCCUUUAAAAAGAUCUUUUUAUAAAAGACCAGAAAACAUUAAUGUUGGGUGAAGAGCACAACAAAACACGCAAGUAAUAACCCUGUUGCCGUCCUCCUCUUCCUGCCAUCCUGUUGCAUAAACUCACUAUUAUUCAACAGGUACAGUGCUGUUAACCUUACUUUGUUCACUAUAGCUAGUCUGUGAGCAAGCUCUCAGUUGGACUGUGUGGGUAGGGGAGAAAAGAGGGAAGGGAGAAUUUGCAGUCAGGUCUCAGGAAUUUGAAAUCCACCCACAGUGCUCCCUGUAGCAACUACUUUGAAAAACCCAUUAUUAUGGCAACCGCCUUGACUGAAAAAAUCUACAUGAUGUUGAUGGGUAAUUGAACUACAAAAAUUGCACACUCUCAUUUUCAUAGGUUACCUUCAAAAAUGUUGUGUAGCUUUUGAGGUCCUUUUCGAAAAAAUUAUAUGCAUAAAAAAGCUGUGUCUUUACCUUUCUCACUAUGAGAAAGAUUUGGUCGAUCAAAAAAUUUGAUCAGUCCAGGGCUGUGGUCCCUUGUUCCCAACCUUUUCUCUUGGGCGACUAGCAAAUCUUAUUUUUUUUCAUACAAAUAAUAUGCACCUGGGGACCCUAAAUUUUGCAGGUUCAAAGCACCAGGCUCUUUUCAAUUUUCCUCAGAGCACAGCUUUGCAGACACUGGAUAGAAAGAUUCAAAGAAGUUAAUCUUGACACUGCUGGUUCAAACUUCCCACCCCACCCAGUCAAAGAUCAAAUUCUCCAACCUCAGGAACUCCUGUAAUGGUCAAAUGCCAGGGGUUUGCCCUUUGAAGGGGGAUGGGGUUUCUAAAGUUUCAAAUUUGCACAUGAUCAGACUAACAUUAUUUUAUUCUAAAAGUGAAAGGCUGAACUGAAUAAUAAAUGUGAUCUUUCUUGUGUUCAAUAUGAAAAAAGUUGCCCUGGCCUGGGUGUUACAUCCAGCUGAAUGAUAAUUAUUAUUUCAGGUUCUUUUAAUUAGGAACUGUGAGGUUCACAUUAUUCAUUUAAUGCAGCGGCUUAAAAAAUUUUUUUUCGACUUUCACAGAGAGAUGGCUGCCCAAAGAUUGUCAACUUAGGAAGCUCAAAGACUGAUCUUUUCUAUGAAAGGAAAAAAUAUGGCUUCAAGAAGAGAUGACACUUUGCUAGCAUUUGUUAGUAGCAAGCUUUUACAACUGAACUGCCACUGUAAAGUAAUAAACCUUUGUUAAACCAUAGCAAAAUGGUUUAACAAUGGCUGGAAACUUAGUGAAGAGUGCAAAGUGAGCAAAUGUAAAUUGCCGCCAUUGAAGUGCCACUCUUGUUGA